ACAUUUCUGCUGUUCUUAAUGGUAGUUUUUUUGCAUUUUCAAGUUUCAACUUUCAAAACAUUUGUUAGUUUUUAACAAUAAACUAAUAAUAAAAAGAUUUGCUCUGACUUCUCUCUUCCAUGGAAACGUCCCCAAAUCCAAGACCAUCUGCUCAAGAAAACGAUCUCUUGUGUAGAUCAAUCAAGAGAAUUAAAGGUGAUGAAUACCCUCCAAUUGCAGAGGAGUACCAGAUGGUUGAGCCUGCGGCACAAUCACUUUCCUACAGAGAUCUAGUUAUGAGAUCGGAACCGCCAAUUGAAAUUAGCUGUGAUGUAUCCUCUAAUCUGGGUUAUCUAGAGGAAGAAUCUGACAUGGAAGAUGAUGGUUCUAUACCUACUCUUCUCAUUUCUAAAGAAGAGAAAAGGCGAAUCCGCUCUCCGUGGGUGAAUUCCAUAAUUAUCAAAGCUUUUGGUACUGAUGCUGCUGGGUAUAACUUCAUCUACCCAAGAAUUAAGGCACAGUGGAAACCCAAAGGCCGUAUGGACUGCAUCGAUUUGGGGUUGGAUUUCUUCCUCAUUCGGUUCCAAGAGCGAGAGGACCACCUGAGGGUUCUUAGUGGGGGUCCCUGGUUUGUUGGGCCUUUUUAUUUAACAAUACGUCAAUGGGAACCUUCCUUUAACCCUGAGACAGCUGCUUUCACUACCACAGCUAUCUGGGCAAGGCUUCCCCGACUACCAAUUGAGUACUAUGAUACCAAGAUUCUUGAAAGAAUUGGUAAUCUUUUAGGCACUCCUCUUCGAAUUGAUGCGCAUACGGUUCACAAAUCAAGAGGUCAGUAUGCAAGAAUCUGUAUUCAGGUGGAUUUAGAUGAGCCUCUGAUUCCAUGCAUUAAAAUUGGCAAUCAUGUCCAAAAAAUUCUCUACGAAGGUCCGGUUGCUUUAUGUUUUGCCUGUGGGUGUGUGGGUCAUAAAGAAAAUAAAUGUCCCCUUAAAGUUCCCCCUCUUGCUGAUCCUGUUCCUAUGGAAAGGGAAAAUAAUAGUCAAUCGCAAUCUGGUGUGAUAGCUACUGAUCAAGAAUUGGAAAAUAAAGACCAAAAUUCUUUUGGACCAUGGAUGGUGGUCGAAAGGAAGAAAGGUAAAAAGAAGUUGAACAACAAGAAUUCUCAGCUCUCAUUACAAAAUGAGAAACAGGACUCUACCCAGAGAACCAACUCAGUGAGCGAACUCGGAAACCAUUGGAAAGAACGUAAGCAUGUGGGUCCCAAAACCAACGGGUCUGGUGCAGGAGCAUUAAAUGACCAUACCGUUUAUCAAAAUGGCACUCGGGAACCGGUCCAAAACUCUAGUAUCUCUUCAGAAGUUGGGCCUGUUCGUAAAGGGUCCAUGGUAAGUUUGGAUGUUGAGAUUACAGCCCAUACUGAUCCUAACUCUUCUUUGGUGCAGGUCAAACAAAAAGGUCGUAAAGAUAAGGUCUCUAAUAAGGAUAAGAUUACAUCUAAUGCCAAAGAAACACGUGGUAAGAUCAUUUCACGAACAGAGCAAAAAGAAAGCUCUGAGAAUGGCCAGAACCUACAAGUUGAAUCGCCCUCCUCCGAUCGAAAUGUGGGUCAUGGAUCCGAGGUCUUUCGGGAUGUUGAGCCGAGUGUGGGACAUCUUGCUGGUCAAAGAGGACAACAAAGUCCUCCCAAUGGAGAAGGCACUGUCACUUAUACUAGAAAGGGACUCCAGUCCAGUCGAAGGGUGGGAUCGGGACACAAUUAUAAGGAAAUGGACCAGCCCCAUUGUGUUUCAAAAGGGGGUAGAUCUCACUCCUUACCUUCCCCCUCCGAUAGAGUGGGUUCCUCUUUCGCCUCAUCUCCAAGCUCCGGAUAUGUGCAUAAUAACGAGUGCACAAUGGAACUCGAUGGGGGAUCAGACGGGGUGGGACAUAUGGGAGGAUCAAAUCUCACCUCAAAUCACAUCCAUUCCCCAGAAUUGCCCAUUUUUGAACAAGAUCUCGAUGAUGGGAUGCAUGAAGACAGUCCACCUGAUUGUCCGAAAGGAGGAGGUUCCAUGUUCCAUGGGGGAUCGGUUCAUGCAGAUCAUACUCCUUUUUUACUUUCCAAAGGUGAACAUGCUAAUCAAGAGUUGUCAGACGGGGGCCGUCCAGUGGAUACAAGAACUGGGCAGAUGGGUCAUGAACUCUUUCAGGCUGUUGAAGUUGCUCAAAGUCUCGGAUAUCCCAAGUGGGAGAUCGUCGACGCUGAUGGUUUUGCUGGAGGCAUUUGGUUGCUUUGGGAUGAUACUCGCUUUACCAUUGACAUUCUGAACAAAGGGUCUCAAGCUAUCCACGGCUUGGUUCAGGAUCGUUAUACUACUUCUCUUUCCCAGUCUCAGCAUGAUUCUUUUGAUUGUAUCACUAGUGGCCCUAGAAUUGAUGACAGUAAGUGGGGAAGUCUUUCUUCUCUUCCUACUGAUACUGAAAUUUGGGCUACUAUUAAGUCUAUGGGGCCUUGGAAAGCCCUAGGCCCGGAUGGCCUCCAUGUUGCUUUUUUCCAGCAAUUCUGGGAUUUAAUUAAGGAUAAAUUAUGUCAUGAAAUUAGAUUAGUUUUUUCCAUGGGUAUUAUCUCGGAAGCUUGGAAUGCUAGCCUUAUUGCUCUUGUUCCCAAAGUCCAAAAUCCUGAGUCUAUUUCUCAAUUUCGACCGAUAGGAUUAUGCAAUGUGGUUUAUAAAAUUGUUACUAAGCUUAUUGUUCUUCGGUUGCGUGGUCUCAUAGGUGAUCUCAUCUCCCCUCUUCAAACUAGCUUCAUUCCUGGUAGGAAGGGAAUUGACAAUGUUCUCAUCCUAAGGGAGUUUGUCUAUAGCUUUUCUAAAAAGAGAGGUAGAAUAGGUGAUAUGAUUAUCAAACUUGAUUUAGAAAAGGCCUAUGAUAGAACUUCUGAUAGCUUCGAACCUUCUAGGGGUCUUCGUCAAGGGGAUCCUCUUUCUCCUUAUUUAUUCAUGCUUUGUGUCGAGUUCCUCUCUAUGAAACUGCAAGCGAGUUUGAGUAAUGCCACAUAUCUUGAAAACUUGCUAGCUUUCUUUUGUCAAAGAUCUGGACAAAAGAUCAACCUAAGCAAAUCAAAGGUUCUUUUCUCCCAAAAUGUGUCUAUUGAGACUAAACUCAACAUUUGUGCCAAGCUUAAUAUCCCUGAAACCCAUUCGCUUGGUAAAUAUUUGGGGUUUCCUAUUUCCCCCAAAAGAUUAUCUAAAGCUGAUUGCUCCUUCAUUGUUGACAAAGUGAGAAGCAAGUUAACUGGUUGGAAAGCUAGUAUGCUGUCCAGAGCUGGUAGAGUCACUCUUGCCUCCUCGGUUUUAUCUGCCAUUCCUAACUAUUAUAUGCAGGGUGCUUACCUACUCGAGUCUAUCCAUAAGGAGUUGGACAGCCUUACCAGGCAAUUUAUUUGGGGGUCAACUGGUGAGAAAAGGAAAACCCAUCUUGUUUCUUGGGAUAGAAUUACUCAACCUAAGAAAUUGGGUGGUCUUGGCUUACGCUCCUCUAAAGAAGCUAACCAAGCUUUGAUGGCUAAAGUUCAAUGGAGAAUGAUCUCGGAGAAAGAUAGAUUGUGGUCUAAAGCAUUUUGUGAGAAAUAUAAAAUUCAAGACCCUAAAAGUAAUUUCAAAAAAGCAUCCCCUGUCAUGCAUAACAUUGCCAAAGGUAAUCACAUCCUUAUGAAGGGUGUUAAAUGGAUUCCACGUUCAGGUGACAAGGUAUUAUUUUGGACUGAUAUUUGGGUUGGUAAUAGACCUCUCACAGAUUUGUUGUUUGGUCCUUUUACUCUUGACAGCCUUAACCAAAAAGUUAAGGAUGUCUUCCUCCCUUUCGGUCAGUGGAAGUGGGAAAAGAUUGCUUAUUCUCUUCCAUUUGAACUUAAACAGCAAAUCAUGGCUAUCCCUAUGCAAACUGUUGCUCUAGGGCAGGAUGGUUAUUCUUGGGGUCCUUCACAUAAUGGUCUUUUUCAAGUUAAGUCUGCCUAUUGUGUGGCUAAGAGUAUUUCUUUUAGUCAAAAGGACUCUUGGACUUGGCAAGCCAAAGAGUUCAUUUACUCCAAGGCUAGAGAAUUUCAGCCUACUUGUAAUACACAUGUGGAAAAUCUUAACAAGGAGACCAUUCUUGUUAAUUGGUCCCCUCCUCCAGAGGGGUACAUCAAAUUAAAUUCUGAUGGUUCUGCUUUAACUAAUCCUGGCCAAACGGGGGCUGGAGGGGUUUUUAGGGAUCAUUUGGGUAACUGGCUGCUCGGUUUUAUGCGGAAUGUCGGUUAUUCUACUGCUCUGGCAGCUGAGCUUUGGGCCAUUAGAGAUGGAUUGAAACUGGCUGUGGAUAGGGGCUUCACAAAAAUUAUUGAUGUUGGUGUCUCAGCUCCAAGACGUGCAAAUUAAACACAUAUAUCGUGAAGCAAACAUGGUCGCUGACAAUCUAGCCAAAGCAGGAUGUAGUCUUACCUGUCCUUUUGUUAUUUUGGAUCAAUGUACUACUGAUGCUAGAAUGCUUUUGUACUCUGAUAUUAUAGGGAACCUAGUUCCCAGGUCUGUACCAACUAGCUAAUCUUUUAGGUUAUAUCCCCGAUUCAGUCCCUGAACUUUCAUUUUUGGACUUAAAAUAUCCUCAAACUAAAAAAAGUACUAAAAAAAUCCCUAAACUUCAAUUUUUGGAACCAUUUUGGUCCUUCCGUGGACGGAAGUGCCAGAUGGCACGUUAAGUUGCCACGAAAUCAAUUAUUGUUUGAAAUAUUUAAUUACAUGGAAAAUAACUUAUUAUCCACGUCAUUUUAAUUAAUUUAUAUAUUAAAAAAUUUAAAAUU